AUGAAGUUUCCAGCCUCUCUGUCCAUCCUCGCAUGGGCCAGUGUGUGCUUAGUCGUGCAGGCGACCAGCACUCCAGUCGAGCCAGGACUGCGGUACCGCAAUGCCCCUGGCAAGACAGAAUUAGACACGAUCAAAGCUCUCAGACGUUCUCUAUCCCAUUCCGCAAUCACUGGCCGUGAUAGAGUCUUCGAGAACUCGUCGACCUUGGACCAGAGUUGGAACGGCGCUGUUCUGUACAAGCAGGCCUUCUCUCAAGAAGUUGCCAGCAAGGUGAAUAGCAGUGCAUCACUGAAUGCUGACGUAGAGAUCACAUGCACGACAUGCUACACCAAGGGCACAGUCACUGGCAAGGUAUCCAUCACCGGUGACUUCAAUGCGACUGAGGCCUACCAGAACCUUGCAGAUCGGUUUGAGACGGAGGCCAAGAAUAUCACCGACCAAGUCGUGGAUAUUGUUCAAGAUGUCUUCAAAGACUUCGCCGACGAUCUUGAUCUCGACUCCCCACCUCCCACCAUUGACCUUGACUUCGACCUCGCCAUUGAAGGUAUCCCCCAAAUUUCCCUGGAGUUUCGAUUCGACGACCUCGAGUUGUACAUGCAGCUUGACACCUCCUUGAGUAUCGGAUCAACUUACACCCUGAGCUUGUUCAAGAGCGAGACGCCUUUGGGAUAUGCCAUAAGUGACGAGCUACUUCUCGGCGUCGUUUUAGACAUCGACAUUAUCUUGGAUGCUGAAGCCGAGAUUGACAUCAGCAGCGGCUUUCACUUGAAGUUCGACGACGGCCUCUCCAUUGAUAUUGAGCUUUUCAACACCAAAGUCUCGCAUUUGAACUUCCCGGGCGGACAAUUCGAGUUCCUGCCUGUGACCAUCACAACACCCGGGGCUUCACUCAAAGCCGUAUUGCGUGUCGGUAUUCAUGCUGGCAUCGCAUUCAACUACGAUACGACCACGAUCCUGGGCGGAGAGUUCGGCAUCGGCGCAGGAAUCGAGGGCAGCGUGUUUGCCAACGUUGCUGAAUUUGUGACAAAUGUCACAACGUCGGGAGAUGGCAAUAGCGACUGCGACCUACAAUUCCAAUGCCGUGUCUUCCGAGCGCAGAGCAUGUCGGGCGACGUAGUUGAAUACUACGAGUUCGCCGUCGGUGCCGCCGCCGGCGCGACCGCCCACCUAGGAACUAAUACCUGGGGCCCAACCCCCAACACAACAACAGCCAUCUUCUACACCACCCUAGCAGACGCCUGCGCGACCCAGGGCACAAAGACGUCGACAGCCCCCGUCACAACAACCACCGACGAUGGAUUCUUCGCUAAGCGAGAUCACGACUGGAGUACUACCUCCACCGAGAUAGUCUACACUGCGCAAGCCUGCAAGUCCUCCGGCCUGGUUAAUUGCCCUGCGUCUCUGCAGACGACUACCACGUACAAGACCGAGCUGACAACCGCUGUACCGUCGGGGAGCACCCCGACCUUCCCACUGACGGUAUUUACAUCCGUCACCAGCACGAUUCCCUUUGGCACGAACGCGAAGGACCUGAUCUCUAAAUCCGGGACCCCGACGUCUUACGAGCCUGGCGCGACUGGCGCUGCCGAGAACUUCGUCAACGGCCACACAGGAGGCGUUUCGAAUAAGGUCAUCAUCGGUGUUAGCGUGGGCGUCGGAUUGCCUGUGCUGAUUGCUGCCAUCAGCUUGUGUUUCUGUCUCUGCAAGGCUCGAAGACGCAAGUCUGGCCAGGGUAUCCAGUCGACCAACAUUUUCGUCAACGAUGGCCCUUAUAGUCCUGAGCCCCAGUUUCAUCAGCACAAGCAAGCUAUGAUUGGUGUGUCGCCCGAGUCGCCAUAUGGCUUCCAACCCUCCCAUAGCGCCCAGCCUUCCUAUGGCGACCAGACCUAUCACAGGCACUGA